AUGACAACAGACAUGAAUGAACAGUUGGGGAUAAAUCAGACUGAAACCAUAACUGAUGACACAAAAAGAGAUGCCUUCAUUCUUGGAGUCAUCUACCUCCUGGUAUCGGUGUGCGUGAUAAUAAGCAAUGGUGCCACUGUUCUGGUAAUCGUCUUGUCCAAACAGCUGCACAUGCCCACGCUGUGGCUGACGACGUUCAGAGCAGUAUGUGACCUCUGUUUUGGAGUCUACUUUUUAACGUUUGUGGUACCAUCGGCCUUCCUUAACCGCUUCGCCUACUCCGAGGGAAUAAUUGGCGUUGCAACAGGCAUUUCUACUUUGUUGACAGGUCAGACAAUAUUCAACAUAGCUCUGGCAGUCAUAGAUCGCUACAUAGCAAUAUCAAGACCAUUAGCCUAUACCAGACUCGUCACUACAAAGGUUUUCUUUCUUGCCACUGGUACCACCGUGCUGCUCAGUGUGGGAAGGUUUUGCAUGAUUAUGUUUCCUGAUAUGGACUUUUAUUACAACCGCCAUCUAUGUGUGUGUUUGGUCGAUUUUGACACUACGUCGGCUGUGGUGGCAUCUGUAGGCAUCCCGCUUCUAACACUCGCCAUCAUCGUCAUAUCGUCUUGUAUGAUCGCUGUAGAACUGAAGCGAGGUAAGCGACGUGUUCAGUCUGUUGGCACCGACAACCAAGAGAACGUCGUCAAAUUUCCGUUGAUGGUGACGUUGGCUGCUGGCGUCUUCUGUCUCUCGUACGUCCCCUUCAUCGUCACCGUGAUGUUUAACUUAGUGUUGACCAAACAACAGGUCUCACCGAUUCUUGCACAAGUAUCAACUGUGUUUCUUUUGUCCAACAGUCUGUGGAAUGUCUUCAUAUACACUGUCACCUACAGGCCCUUCAGAGAAGCUCUCUUGCGCUUGUUCUGCAGAUCAUAUUUACGGCGACAGAGACAGGCUGAGAUUCAAAGAGAUGUGCGUAUUCGGAAGAGGAAUGAAAUUCAUAAAAAAGUGUCAAGAUGUGGCUUUACGGCUACACCUAGGCAACAAUGGAACACGAAACAGUCUAGAAUAAGUUAA